AUGCUGGAAGUUAAGAGAGCUGAUAGAUGUCAAAGGACCUGUCCAAGAUGCUCAACGAACGCCAUUGUCCUUGACACCUUGGCUGUUUCCCUUGCUUAUCUUCUAAGAUUGAAUUCACUGGGAAAACGAGCCCACCAAAACAUGGCGUCAAAGUUCUUCUGUUGUUGCUGUGAGUCCAGCGAGGGGCCUCCUAACACUGUCCACCCCUACGAUGCAGCAAUGUCCCAAGAGAAUCAUCCACGGACCUUCGAUCUAAACACAAGUCCUCACAGAAAUGGUGGGCAAAAGAGAUGCCCCCACCCCAACAACACGAUGAUGAAGGCAUGUACUAUUGGGAGACCCUGA